AUGAGCUCUCGAGGUCGGGGUGGCCUCAGUGUCCUCCUGCUUCUGCUGCUCCUGGACCGGGCCAGCCCCACCUUCAUCAGCCUGAACCAUGGGAUGAGGGUGAUGAAGGGCAGCUCUGCCUUCCUGUCAGAAGAUGACCUCAAGUUUGCCAUCCCCAAAGAGAAAGAUGCCUGCAAAGUGGAAGUYGUGAUGAAUGAGCCGAUAACCCAGAGGGCAGGGAAACUCAUGCCACAGGUCUUUGACUGCCAUUUCCUUCCCAAUGAAGUCAGGUAUGUUCACAACGGUUGCCCGAUUCUUGAUGAAGACACAGUGAAGCUUCGACUUUACAGAUUCACUGAGACAGACACCUUCACUGAAACUUUUACCCUGCGGGUCUAUCUCAUGGAGCCAGACUGCAAUAUUAUCCGCAUGAGUAGCAAUGUCCUGGAGGUGUCUGAAUUCUAUGGCCUGUCCCGAGCCAUUGAUAAGAACCUGCUCAGAUUCGACUAUGAGAGGACGGUGGGCCUGGAGUGUACCGUCAGACUGGACCCUUUGAGGACUAGGCUGCCAGCUCAUGGCCAGAUGGUUGUGGUGGAGCCUCGCCCAGAAGGACCCCGUGGAGAUCAGCCACACAGUUUUUUCCCUGAGUCCCAACUGGGAAUGGAACUGAAGUGUCCAGGCGGAAGCUGUACCCUGGAAUUGAAGAAAAUAGCAAGUCUCCAAGUGAGCUGUGAGGAGUUCCUGAUGAUGGGGCUUCGUUAUCAACACAUGCAACCCCCUUCUCCCAACAUUGAUUAUAUCUCCAUCCAACUGGACCUCACAGAUAGCAGGAGUCAAAUCGUAUACAAGUCAGAGAGUGYGUGGUUGCCUGUCUACAUCAGAGCUGGCAUUCCGAACCAGAUUCCAAGGGCUGCGUUCAUGGCCAUGUUUAUUCUGGAAGUGGAUCAGUUCAUCCUGACCUCUUUGACUACGUCAGUUCUGGACUGUGAAGAGGAUGAGACCCCCAAACCCUUGCUGGUGUUCAACAUUACGAAAGCCCCACUCCAGGGCUACAUGACUCACCUGUUGGAUCACACCAGACCGGUCUCCUCAUUCACCUGGMAGGAUCUCAGCGACAUGCAGAUUGCCUAUCAGCCUCCUAACAGCAGCCAUUCUGAGAGGAGAAAUUAYGAGGUGGAGUUGGAGGUAUAUGACUUCUUCUUUGGAAGGAGUGCACCUGUCACAGUCCAUAUCUCCAUCAGAACAGCAGACACCAACGCCCCCCGGGUGUCCUGGAAUACAGGUCUGAAUCUCCUGGAGGGACAGUCUCGGGCUAUCACUUGGGAACAGUUUCAGAUUGUUGACAAUGAUGACAUUGGUGCCGUCCAGUUGGUCACUGUUGAUGGCCUGCAUCACGGACAGCUUACAGUGAGAGGGGGGAAAGGAUUUCUCUUCACGGUGGCUGACCUUCAGACUGGAGUUGUUCGCUAUCACCAUGACGACAGCGACUCCACUAAAGACUUUGUGGUCUUCAGGAUCUUCGAUGGCCAUCACAGCAUCCGUCACAAGUUUCCUAUCAACAUCUUGCCCAAGGAUGACAGUCCCCCRUUCCUCAUAACCAAUGUUGUGAUUGAACUGGAGGAAGGACAGACCAUCCUGGUGCAGGGUUCCAUGCUGAGAGCCUCAGACAUGGACUCCAGUGACGACUACAUCUUCUUCAACAUCACAAAACCCCCGCAGGCUGGAGAGAUCAUGAAGAAGCCAGGGCCAGGGCUGAUAGGCUAUCCUGUCUCUGGCUUUCUUCAGAGGGAUCUGUUUAAUGGGAUCAUUUACUAUCAUCACUUUGGUGGAGAAAUCUUUGAAGAUUCUUUCGAAUUUGUCCUGUGGGACAGCCACGAACCUCCAAAUCUCUCAGUGCCACAGGUGGUGACCAUCCAUAUCACUCCAGUGGAUGACCAGCUUCCAAAAGAGGCUCCUGGGGUUUCUCGGCAUUUGGUUGUCAAGGAAACAGAGGUGGCCUACAUAACGAARAAGCAUCUACAUUUCCUAGAUACAGAAUCUUACGAUAGGGAGCUGCUCUACACAAUAACCACUCCUCCCUGUUUCUCUUUCAAUGACAGAUAUUUGGAUGCUGGGAAAUUAUUCAUGGUGGAYAGCAUACCAAAGCUAACCAAAAAUCCUACAGCCCUGGGGCUGAGGUCAUUUACUCAGCAUGCUGUGAACUAUAUGAAAGUGGCCUACAUGCCACCCAUGCAAGAUAUAGGYCCUCAUCUCCGACAUGUCCAGUUCACCUUUUCCAUCAGUAACCAGCAUGGUGGCACUUUGCACGGGAUCUGCUUUAACAUUACAAUUCUCCCAGUGGACAAUCAAGUUCCUGAGGUAUCCACCACCCCUCUGAGAGUGGCUGAGGGAGGCCAGUGCGUCAUCAGCACAGAGCACAUUCUGGUUUCUGAUGUGGAUACCAUGUUGGACAAUAUCUACAUUGCCCUGCAGGGUCUGCCUCUGCACGGAAGGCUGGAGUUGAAUGGAUUUCCUCUAGAUGCUGGGGGCACAUUUUCUUGGGGAGACCUUCACACCUUAAAAGUUAGGUAUCAACAUGAUGGAUCUGAGGUUCUUCAGGAUGACAUACGUUUGGAGGUCACAGAUGGCACAAAUUCAGCAGAAUUUGUGUUACACGUUGAGGUGUUUCCUAUAAAUGAUGAGCCACCGAUCCUGAAGGCUGACCUCAUCCCCAUGAUGCAUUGCUCAGAGGGUGGAGAGGUGGUCAUCACCCCUGAACACAUUUUUGCUACUGAUAUGGACAGUGAUGACUUGAAACUGAUGGUUAUGAUUGCCCGAGAACCUCAGCAUGGGGUGGUGUGGAAGGCUGGUGUUCAAGUAGACCAGUUCUCUCAGGGAGAUAUUAUCUCAGGGGCUGUGACAUAUAAACACACAGGUGGUGAGAUUGGCCUGGUGCCUUGUUUCGAUACCAUUACUUUGGUGAUUUCGGAUGGAGAAGCUGGCCCUUUUGUGAAUGGCUGUUGUUACAAUGGACCUAAUCCAUCUGUUCCUCUCCAUGAGUCCUUUCCAGUGUAUGAUCUCAACAUCACUGUACAUCCAGUAGACAAUCAGCCACCUUCAAUUGCAAUAGGUACCUUGUUCCUUGUAGAUGAGGGGUUCUCAGCAGCCCUUACCAUUAACCAUUUGUCUGCCAAUGAUCCUGACACUGCUGCAGAUGACUUGGAAUUUGUUUUGGUUUCUCCUCCCCAAUUUGGUUACCUUGAAAACACACUUCCUUCUGUGGGUUUUGAGAAAAGCAAUAUGGGCAUAAGUAUAGCUUCCUUUCACUGGAAAGAUAUGAAGGCUUUGCACAUCAACUAUGUGCAAUCCAGACACCUGAGGAUGGAACCGACCACUGACCAGUUUGUGGUGUACGUCACAGAUGGGAAGCGACGCUCCUUGCAGACUCCAUUUUAUGUUAUAAUCAACCCCACAAAUGAUGAAGUUCCUGACUUUGUAGUGCAGAAUAUUACUGUGUGUGAGGGUCAGACGACAGAGCUGGAUUCUUCUGUCAUCAGUGCUGCUGACCUGGACAUUCCCAAGGACCCCUUAUUGUUCAGCAUCAUUCAGAAACCACGUCAUGGUCUCCUCAUCAAUAGGAUGCUCAGCAAAGACUCUYCUCAGAAUAAGCAGCCAGCCAACCCUGACCAGAAGCAGGAACUUGUUCACAGCUUUUCCUUGGAACUUUUCAAGACUGGAAUGAGGUUGACCUAUGUGCAUGAUGACUCUGAGAGCUUUGCUGAUGACUUUACAAUCCAAUUGUCAGAUGGGAAACACAAGAUACUUAAAACCAUUUCAGUAGAGAUCACUCCGGUUAAUGAUGAGAAACCAAUGCUAAGCAAGAAGGCUGAAAUUGAAAUGAAUAUGGGGGAUACCCGUAUUAUUUCUAGCGCUGUUCUUUCCGCUGUAGACAAAGACUCACCCAGGGAGAAGAUUUACUAUUUAUUUGAAAGGCUUCCCCAACAUGGACAACUUCAGCUUAAGAUAGGGAGAGACUGGGUUUCUCUCUCCCCGGGCAUGAAAUGCACCCAGGAAGAAGUGGAUCUGAAUUUGCUGAGAUACACGCACACCGGGGCAAUGGAUUCCCAGAAUCGAGAUAGCUUCACCUUUUACCUCUGGGAUGGUGACAACAGAUCACCUUCAUUUGACUGUCAUAUCAUCAUCAAGGAUAUGGGAAAAGGUGAUAUUGUCCUUCUUGCAAAACCACUUGUGGUAUCUAAAGGCGACAGAGGGUUCUUGACGACCGCCACUCUUCUGGCUGUGGAUGGAACAGACAGGCCUGAGGAACUGCUGUAUGCCAUUACCUCUCCGCCGCGGUAUGGCCAGGUGGAAUAUGUCCGCUAUCCCGGGGUCCCCAUUACAAGCUUCAGCCAAAUGGACAUAGCGGGGCAGACGGUCUGCUACAUACMUAAGAGUGGGGCAGCUGUGCCCAGUGACAGCUUCAGAUUCAUCGUCAGCAACGGACUGUGGACCAAGCAUGGGGUGUUUGAGAUCACACUGGAGACUGUAGACAGAGCCUUGCCUGUGGUCACCAGGAACAAGGGGAUGAGGCUGGCCGAGGGGGCCAUGGGCCUGCUUUCUCCUGACCUCCUCCAGCUGACUGACCCUGACACUCCUGCCGAAAACCUCACCUUCCUCCUGGUCCAGCUCCCACAGCACGGCCGGCUCUACCUGCGGGGAACUGUACUGCUUCGACACAACUUCACCCAGUGGGAUGUGGACAGCGGGAAUGUGGCCUAUCAGCACUCUGGAGGCAGCUCCCAGAUUGACCACUUCACUUUCAUGGCCACAGAUAGGACACACCAAGGCUUUGUUGUGGAUGGGAGGGUGCUAGAAGAGCCUGUUCCAUUCACCAUUCAGGUGGAGCAUUUGGAUAAAAUAGCCCCCCGGAUCACACUCUUGCGUUCCCCUUCACAAGUGGGACUCCUGAAAAAUGGCUAUUAUGGGAUUUACAUCACUUCCCGAGUGUUGAAGGCAUCGGACCCUGACACUGAGGACCAUCAGAUAAUCUUUAAGAUUUUACGAGGCCCACUACACGGACAUUUGGAGAACACAACAACAGGUGAAUUUAUCCAUGAGAAAUUUAGCCAAAAGGACUUAUACAGUAAGACCAUUCUUUACAUCAUAAACCCAUCUUUGGAAGUAAAUUCAGAUAUCGUGGAAUUUCAAAUCAUGGACCCCACAGGGAAUUCUGCCACUCCUCAAAUUUUGGAGUUGAAGUGGUCUCAUAUUGAAUGGUCACAAACUGAAUAUGAGGUCUGUGAGAAUGUGGGCAUGUUGUCCUUAGAAGUUACCAGAAGGGGAUAUUCCAUGGACUCAGCCUUUGUGGGAGUAAAGGUCAAUCAAGUGUCAGCUGCAGCUGGAAAAGAUUUCACCGUGACUCCAUCCAAACUGAUUCAGUUUGACCCAGGAAUGUCAACUAAGAUGUGGAAUAUAGCAAUUACCUAUGACGGAUUAGAGGAAGAUGAUGAGGUCUUUGAAGUAAUUCUGAACUCCCCUGUGAAUGCAGUUCUUGGCACGAAGACAAAAGCUGCAGUGAAAAUUUUGGACUCAAAAGGAGGACAAUGCCAUCCUUCAUACUCCUCCAACCAAAGCAAGCCCAACACAUGGGAGAAGGGCAUUUGGCGCCCGUUGCAUCCAGGGUCUCCCUCGCCCACCACUUCUGGUUCCCUUCAUCUGGAAAGAAGACCCCCUCCAUCUUCCAAGCAGCUGGCGACCACCAGGGGAGACUCCCUACAGGGCUUUGACUCCACAGCUCUUUCUCAGAGGAAGCUGAGRACCCACUGGAACGGCAAAGCAGUUCAUCCAUCUUCUGUUUAUAGAAACAGAACAGACAUCAUCUAUAAUUAUCAUGGGAUAGCUUCCUUGAAACUGGAAGAUGACAGUGCCCCACCUCCCCAAAGGAAGGCCAAAGUAUCCAUUAUUAGUCAGCCACAAAAGACAAUGAAAGUGGCAGAGCUGCCUGCAGUAGAUAAGGUGGAAUCCACAACUGACUCUCACUUCCCCAGACAGGACCAGUUGCCCUUAUUUCCAAAGAAUUGCACAAUGGAAUUAAAGGGACUCUUCCAUUUUGAAGAAAGCACCCAAAAGCUGUAUGGAUGCAAUGGGAUUGCCUGGAAAUCCUGGAGCCCCCAAACCAAGGAAGUGGAAGACAAAUCUUGUCCAGUUGGAUGGCACCUUCAUUCAGGCUACUGUCACACCUUGAUCCCAAAGCAGAAAGGCACCUGGACCAUGGCUACCCRAGCUUGCAGGGAACAACRCCUGGGAAAUCUYGUAACUGUAUUGUCCAGGCAGCACAUGCAGUGGCUCUGGGACAUCAGUGGAAGAAAGCCCUUUUGGAUAGGUUUGAAUGACCAAGCACACGCUGGCCACUGGGAAUGGAUUGGAGGCGAACCUGUCACCUUCACCAACUGGAAGAGAGAGCCCCCUCAAUACUCAAAGCCUGGAAAGAACUGUGUUUUGGUUCAAAGAGGAGGGAAAUGGCAAACAAAGAACUGUAUGAAGGGCAAACCUCAAAAUUUCAUGUGCUCCAGGAAACUCUAA